GGAAAAAUACCGCUGACCAAGUUCCGGGCCCCACUUCACAGCCUCUGGACAAGGUACUCCACACCUUUCUGUACCCUAGUCUCGUUAGGAUAUUUUAUAUAAAUAUACUGUGUUGUGGGAGAGAGAAAUUAUUUCAACACGUAUAUGUAUGUAUCUAUAUAUUGUUAGUAUGAGCACUAUCUGGAAUAGCCCUUGUGGAUUAAUUAACUUGCACAUUAGCAGCACUCAACUCUAUGCCCAAACCACAAAAGCGCGACUCCGUGUGCAAUGGACCCUUCCCAACCCUCUCUCCCUUCUGUUCAAUGCACCCGACCGACCUAUGACGUAUUUCCGUUACUUGAAAAGACUGUUCCGCCAAAAGACUGACAUAAUGAUUUGAAAUCAAAUGGUCUCUAACAAUUCUUAGCCUCUUGCUUCGCUGUAUCGUAGGGACGACUGUAUACCAACUUGUUGCUCAGCUGUGAAACUCUCCUCCGAACCUUCAGCGGACUGUCCGUGUAGCCUGGACAAGAGCACGUGGUGCGUUCGCAGAAGUGGUCAAUCGUGAAAUUACCGCCACUGCCUGAACGAAAGCCGCCUCCAUUAUCAGGUUUUAGUUACAGCACCAGGGACUAAGUCACAGGAGAUGAACGAACUGAGGACUUGUGAGCAGUUACAGUCGGACAGUACUUUCACAAUUAAAGAAGAAAAAUCGAAUGUAAUCGUCGAAGAUGAGAAAACUAUGUCUGCCAUAAAUAAUCAAGUCCAGGUCUCAUGUACACAUAACAUAAAGAUUGAACCAACGUCUGUAGGUGAUUUCCAAGAAGACCCAAAUAAUGGCGUAAUGCUUAAGACAGAAAACACAGUGUGUUCUGAUACAGAGGUGACAUAUUGCUCACCAAUUAGCUGUUUGCAGCUUAAAAACGUUUCUGAUACAACUUACAUAAAACCUGAGAUUGCUACGCAUAUUCAUCAAACAAACUGGAAACAUGAGGAUGGUGUAAAACUGGAGCUUAACUCUGAGGAUGCAAUUUAUUGUAUUAAAAGUGAGCAACUUCCUGGUGAAGAACUUCAGCACAUAAAACCUGAGCUUGCUGCACACAUUGAGCAUUCAGACUGUGGUCAUGAGAGUGCUGUGAAAGUGGAGUACCAUUGUCAAGAUGUCACCUCUUUAAUUAAGACUGAGCAGGAUCCUGUGCAAUGUGCUAAGACAGAAGAGCAGCUUGUAUUUAAGCCAGAAGAACAAGAUCAUCGUUACAUACUGAAGACUGAGACAGGGUGGCCUGGUCAGCAUGCAAUGUGGAAGAAUGACAUUGAUGAGAAUUGUCAAGAAAUGAAUGCUACCAGAUGCAUAACUCCUGAGGUGAUCGAUAUAUUUACAGAAAGUCAACAUCAUCAGACUCAUCCAACUGUUACUGAAGUCACAGUACUCCACAGUGAUGCUAAACCAUAUCAGUGCCAAGUGUGUUUAUCCUCUUUUAGUUUUCAGGACCUAAAGCAGCAUAUGGUGACCCACACUAAUUUAAAAUCCCACGAUGUGAUACAAGACCUAACGAGUGCAUUAUGUGUAAAGCUAUAUUUAAGGACCAAGAAUCUUUACAAUCUCACAUGUUGACCCACAGUGAUGAGAGACUUCACCAGU